AUGUCGAACUAUGGCUUUCUCGGUGCCCCACUCAAAUCUACGAAUGAUGUCGAUUUGGUGAAACCGCUCACCACUUACAUCGAUACAGUAUACAACACUUCUGACGAUAAUCGUGCCGAGAUCACCGAAGCUGUCCAAGAAUUGAACAAAUUGCGUUCGAGAGCAUGCUGCCAACCAUUGGAUAAACAUCAAUCAGCACUCGAUAUUAUUACUAGAUAUUAUGAUCAACUUGUGGCAAUUGAAAACAAAAUCAUCAUUUCUGCUACUCAAAGUCCAGUUGUGUUCAAAUGGAAAGAUGCUUUUGAUAAGGGAGGGCUGUUCUCAAGCAGGGCAUCUUUAUCGUUGUCGGAUAGUUCAUUUGAACGCGCUGCUGUUCUUUUCAACUGCGGAUCUCUAAUGUCUCAGAUCGCCGGUUCUCAAAUGUUCCACACUGACGACGAGAUAAAAACCGCCGCCAAACUGUUUCAACAGUCGGCUGGAGUUUUCUGGAAACUGAAGGAAACUGUACUCGGAAUGGUGCAACAAGAGCCCACACCGGAUUUGAUGCCUGACACUCUUGCAGCAUUGUCUGCAAUUAUGGUGGCUCAGGCACAGGAAGCGAUUUACAUUAAAGGAUUCAAAGAUAAGAUGAAACCCGCGUCAAUGGUGAAAAUCUCGGCGCAACUUGCCGAUUUCUACGUUGAAGCUCAGAAAUUGAUGAACAAGGAUAUUGUCCGCGGACUUUGGGAGAAAGACUGGGUGAACACAAUCAAUGGAAAAUUGCUCGCCUAUCAAGCGUUGUCGCAAUACCAUCAGGCUGAAGUGAAUGCGGAAGAACGUCAAAUUGGCGAACAACUCUCGCGACUAGCCGAAGCUCUAAAAUUGUCUGAGACGGCCACCAAAUAUCUCACUGGACACGCUUCGGCUAUCAUUGAAAUGUUCCCCGCGAUCGGCAAGGCGCAUCAAUUGGCGAAAAAAGACAACGACUUCAUUUAUCAUGAAAGGGUGGCCGAUUUCCGUUCUUUGCCUUCGUUGCCGCGUGCGCCACUUGCAAAGCCAACACCCGUUGUUCAUCCAUUAUCUCCGAGAUUCAAAGACAUGUUCUCAUCUCUUGUUCCGGUGCAAGUUCACAACGCCAUGCAAUCCUACGAGGCACGCAAAGCUGAAUUGAUCAACAUGGAGACUGUCCGACUUCGUGAAGCUACUCAAUUAAUGAAUGGCGUUCUCGCCUCACUCAAUUUGCCAGCUGCUUUAGAUGACGUUACUUCAACAGAAACCCUUCCGGAAUCGAUUAAACUGAAAUCGGCGAAGCUGAAACAAAAUGGAGGAGCUGCUGAGAUUUUGCGAUUGUUCUCUGAUCUGCCGAAUCUUUAUCAGAGGAAUGAGGAGAUUUUAAAUGAAACGAGUAGAGUAUUAAAUGAUGAAAAAGAAAGCGAUGAUACAAUGCGCAAGCAGCUUUCGACGAAAUGGACGAGAAUGUCCAGCGAGCAAUUGACCGGACCUCUUAUUCAGGAAAUUGGAAAAUAUCGCGGAAUAUUGAACACCGCGUCGAAUGCGGAUAAAAUGGUCCGUGACAAGUUUGAGACUCAUCGACAAGGAAUUGAACUACUUUCGAAGGCUGAGUCGGAGCUCCGCGCCGCGAUUCCUGGCCAAACUGCUCAUGCCACUGGUGAAACCGAAUCAGUGCGAAAAUUGAGAGAAUUGAUGGCAAGAUGGAAUGAAAUGGUUGUGGAAAGGGAAGAACUCGAGAAGGAGAUCAAAUCGACCAAUUGCGAUAUCAGCAACGAUUUUCUGAAAGCGAUGGCUGAAAGUCAGCUUAUUAAUGAGGAGCAGAUAUCGAAGGAGAAGAUUAAUGAAUUGUUCGGAGGAUUGAAGGCGAGAGUGCAACAAUCGGUCACCGAACAAGAGAAUUUAAUGAAAGAAAUUCAGACUUAUAAUAAUAAAUUUACAAGCGAGAAGACCGGAUCAGUAUCGGGAGCCGAACGUGAGAGGAUUUUGAAGAUGCUCGCGCAAGCUGCCGAUGCUUAUACUGAGCUCAAAGCGAAUCUCGAGGAAGGCACAAAGUUUUACAACGAUCUCACUCCAAUUCUUGUCCGAUUGCAACAGAAGGUCAGCGAUUUUGCGUUUGCGCGACAAACUGAGAAGGAAGAUCUCAUGAAGCAAUUGCAAAUUAGCAUUGUGGCAGGCACCGCUGCGAAGGCUGUUACCGAAGGAAUUUCGACACUUGUCUCAUCGUGGGCUACCAAUUCCCCUUCAUCGGGAGGAGGAUCAUCUGGCUCUUCUGCUCCUCCGCGUCCACCACCGCCACGUCCAGCUGCUCCGCCGCAGUCCCACAGUGUCGAGCCGCCAAUUGCGCCACCGAGAACUCAGCAAUCCCUACAAGGUCAACCGCAGCCGAUGAUGUAUCAGCCGGCGUAUCAGCCGACGAUCGCUGCCCCGUACCCAACAUUCCCUGGUGCGUUCCCAUCGUAUCAGCAACAACAGCAACAGCCGUGGCCGCAGCAACAGCAGCAACAGCAGUUCCCGCCGAAUCCUUCAUUCGGAGGAUCGCAAUCUAAUAACCCAUUCCAGUAA